AUUAGGACACAAGUGUGAUUAACUAAGACUUCGCUGUCAGACUCCUCCGCAUUUAUCUCCCCGCGUUUCUCUCUCUUCAUCUUUCUCUCUCAAUCAAAUCACAACCCAUCUAUACACACACCAGUUUGUACGUAUACAUCUCUCUCAUUUCAACUCCAUUAGUGAAGCUUGAUCUCUCCUCAUUGCACUACUUGCCUUCACUUGCAGGAUAUGAUGAGACAUCAAAGAGUAGAAUGAGCCAGAAUAAGGUUUUGAAGAUGAGAACUAAGCCGCAACUUGUGCCACUGGGGACUUUGAUUGGUCGUGAGCUAAGGAAAGAAGAUAAUGUGGAGAAACCUACCAUCAAGUAUGGACAGGCAGGCUUGGCCAAGAAGGGAGAAGAUUAUUACUUGAUUAAGACUGAUUGUGAGAGGAUUCCGGGGAAUCAGUCGACAUCUUUUUCGGUCUUUGGGAUUUUCGAUGGGCAUAAUGGUAUAUCAGCUGCUAUAUUUACAAAGGAGAAUUUGUUGAAUAAUGUUUUGAGUGCUAUUCCUGAAGGAGCUACUAGAGAAGAGUGGUUGCAAGCUCUUCCCAGGGCAUUGGUGGCUGGAUUUGUGAGGACAGACAUAGAAUUCCAACAAAAAGGGGAGACGUCCGGUACAACAGUUACUUUUGUUGUAAUUGAUGGGUGGACCGUAACUGUUGCAUCUGUCGGUGAUUCUAGAUGUAUAUUAGAUACACAAGGUGGUGUAGUUUCUCUUUUGACAGUUGAUCAUAGGCUGGAGGAGAACGUAGAAGAGAGGGAGCGUGUCACUGCAAGUGGAGGUGAAGUAGGACGGCUCAAUCUUUGCGCCGGAAAUGAGGUUGGUCCGCUUCGCUGCUGGCCUGGUGGUUUGUGCCUUUCGAGAUCUAUAGGCGACACAGAUGUUGGAGAGUACAUUGUCCCAGUACCUCACGUUAAGCAAGUGAAGCUUUCAAAUGCUGGGGGAAGACUUAUAAUUGCUUCCGAUGGUAUCUGGGAUACCUUAUCAUCUGAUAUAGCUGCACAAGCCUGUCGAGGAUUGCCUGCCGAGCUUGCCGCGAAGCUUGUUGUUAAGGAGGCUCUAAGAUCAAGAGGCCUGAAAGAUGACACUACCUGCCUUGUGGUUGACAUGAUUCCUUCUGAUCAUCCUGCAGUACUUCCAACACCGAAAAGGAAACAAAAUUCGCUUACGUCAUUGAUUUUUGGAAGAAAAUCCCUAAAUUCAACAAGCAAAGGAACAAAUAAGAUGUCUGCUGUUGGUGCAGUGGAGGAGUUAUUCGAAGAAGGUUCUGCCAUGCUUGCAGAAAGGUUGGGUAAGGACUUCCCUCUGAACUCGGACUCUGGUAUAUAUAGGUGUGCAAUUUGCCAGGUGGAUCAGCCACCUGGUGAUGGCUUGUCAGUUAACUCCGGGCCCUUUUUCUCACCUUCUUCAAAACCAUGGGAAGGUCCCUUUUUGUGCACAAACUGUCGGAAAAAGAAAGAUGCAAUGGAAGGUAAGAUUGGGACCAGACCCACAGCAGCAGUAUAAUCUGGUAACAUAAUGAAUAUUGAUAUUUUUUCUCUACCAGUGUGAGCGUGAUUUAAUUUUUUACAGGAGGAGUUUAUUUUGAUAGGUGUGUGAAAGAAAUUAAAUAGAAAUAGGAUGGGUAGGUUUUGCAAGUUCGUUUUAGUUCUGGCUUGUGUUCUUUGACUGUCUUAAAGCAGUAAUGCUACAUGAUAUAUAUGAUUGCAAGUAAAAAGUUAGGGACUACUGAGUGUCUUCCCUAUGAACCUUACUUGGGCUUUAAUAAAGCUCUUAGUUGCUUCCUUGAUCUCUA